UGAAGCAGUCCUGCUUACAGUUGUGGCGUAGGUGACGUAUGAACUGGGCACUCAGACUGGUUGUGAGUAGAGUAGUGAAGCCGGCACGUGUUGUCACACGAGCACCCGCACUAAUGCCAGCUGUUCCUGUGAGAAUUGCACGUGCAGCUGUUGCAAGCACCGACAUGGCACAGAGAAGCAUUACAUCAUUCUUCAAGGUGUCUCCGCCCAGAGCCGCUAUGAAGGUGGAGACCACUGAUGAGCAGGAAGAGGCGAAUGGUGAUGCCCAAGUUGAUGUACCAAUCACUAAUGGAAAAGCUAAGAUAUCAAAGAGGCCCAGGUUAGAGAGCAGUGACAGUGACGCCUCUCCAAAGAAAGAAAACAUCAAUCCACCACCAGGCUCAAACAAGAAAAAGAAGGUUAAACGUCAGCGCAUUGAAAGCUCUGGCAGUGAGUCAGAUGCGUCCGUUAAGGCAGCAGCAGUUGCUUCUUCUGAUGAGGAGCCUGCAGCGUCACCCACUCCGUCACCAAAGAAACAAAUUCAAGUUAAAAUAGAAAAAUCCACAUCACCUAAGACAUAUGCAUCGCCCAAGAGUAAAAAGAGGAAAUCGCUAGUUGUAGACAAUAGUACUAACAGCCCUUCUCAGAAGAAAGCAGCUACAGAUAUGUUCAAAAGAAUCACUCCAAAGAAAGAAAUAAAGCAAGAGCAGAAAGAAGUCAAGAGUGAGGACGAGACUAACCAGCAGGAUGAACCUGUCAACACUGACGUACAGGACAUAGUGCCGGAGACGGAAUACAAUCCCGCGUCCAGCAAGUACCACCCGGUGCGGGACGCGUGCUGGCGGGCGGGGCAGGCCGUGCCCUACCUGGCACUGGCGCGGACGCUGGAGCUCAUCGAGGCCACCUCCGCGCGGCUCAAGAUCGUCGACAUCCUCAGCAACUACCUGCGCUCCGUCAUCGCGCUGACGCCGGAGGACCUGCUGCCCAGCGUGUACCUGUGCUUCAACAGGCUGGCGCCCGCCUACGAGAGCCUGGAGCUGGGUAUCGCGGAGACGUACCUGAUGAAGGCCAUCGGGCAGUGCACGGGGCGCACGCUGGCGCAGCUGCGCGGGCAGCGCGCCGACCUGGGCGCGGCGGCGCAGGCGGCGCGGCUGCAGCAGCGCACCAUGUUCCCGCCGCCGCCGCUCACGCUGCGGAAGGUCUUCGCCGCGCUCAAGGAGAUCGCGCACAUGACCGGCCACGCAUCUGUCUCCAAGAAAAUCAACAAGAUCCAGUCGCUGUACGUCGCCUGUAGACACUCUGAAGCUAAAUUUCUCAUAAGGUCGCUGGAGGGCAAGCUGCGCAUCGGGCUGGCGGAGCAGUCGGUGCUGCAGGCGCUGGCGGCGGCGGCGACGCGCACUCCGCCCGGUCCCGGCGGAGUCACGCAGCUCGACGCCGCGCGCGGGCUCUCCGCCGAACAGUUCAAGGCACGGGUGGACGAGGCGGCGCUGGUGCUGAAGACGACAUACUGCGAGUGUCCCGACCUGGGCCAGCUGGUGCCGGCGCUGCUGGCGCACGGGCUGGCGGCGCUGCCGGCGCACUGCCGCCUGGCGCCCGGCCUGCCGCUCAAGCCCAUGCUGGCGCACCCCACCAAGCAGCUCUCGCACAUCUUCGACAGGUUCGAGAGCGAGCAGUUCACGUGCGAGUGGAAGUACGACGGCGAGCGAGCGCAGAUCCACGUGCCCGGCGCCGCCGAGCUGCCCGACUACGCCCGCGCCGCCGUCUUCAGCCGCAACCAGGAGAACAACACCAGCAAGUACCCGGACAUCCUGCGGCGGCUGCCGGCGCUGCUGAAGCCGUCAGUGUGGAGCUGCGUGCUGGACUGCGAGGCCGUCGCCUUCGACACCGACACCAAGCAGAUCCUGCCCUUCCAGGUGCUGUCGACGCGCAAGCGCAAGGACGCCAGCGAGGCGGACAUCAAGGUGCAGGUGUGCGUGUUCGUGUUCGACCUGCUGUUCCUCAACGGCCAGUCCCUCGUGCACCAGCCACUGCAGCAGCGCCGCGACGCGCUCAGGGAACACUUCAACCAAGUCGAAGGCCAGUGGCAGUUCGCGACGUCGCGUGACUGCAGCAGCAUAGAGGAGGUGCAGCAGUUCAUGGAGGAGGCGGUGCGCGGCUCGUGCGAGGGGCUCAUGGUGAAGGCGCUGCGCGGCCCGCACUCGCGCUACGACAUCGCGCGACGCUCGCACAACUGGCUCAAGCUCAAGAAGGACUACCUGGACGGCGUGGGCGACACGGUGGACGCCGUGGUGAUCGGCGCGUACCACGGCCGCGGCAAGCGAGCCGCGCACUUCGGCGGCUUCCUGCUGGCCUGCCGCGACGCCGCCGCCGACGAGUUCCAGUCGCUGUGCAAGCUCGGCACCGGCUUCAGCGACGAGCAGCUGCGCAGCCUCACCGCCCGCCUGCAGCAGCACGUCAUCCCCGCGCCCAGACCCUACUACAGGUACGACGAGGCGCACGUGCCGGACGUGUGGGUGUCGGCGGCGCUGGUGUGGGAGCUGCGCGCCGCCGACCUGUCGCUGUCGCCCGCGCACCGCGCCGCGCGCGGGCUCGUGGCGCCCGACAAGGGCAUCUCGCUGCGCUUCCCCAGGUUCGUGCGCGAGCGCGACGACAAGACGCCGGAGCAGGCGACGUCGGCGCAGCAGGUGGCGCAGAUGUACCUCGCGCAGGACCAGGUGCGGAACAGCGCCGCGCCCCUGCACGACUCCGACGAGUUCUACUGACCGACACAAGCCUGCCUAGCAAAUACAAUAAACUAUUAUAUUAUCAUUUAUUUACAAUUUACUCAUUUCAUUAUACGGCUCAUUUCAUUAUACUA